UGGUUGAGAUGCAUAUAAUGUUCAUGUACUGUAAUGGGGGAGGAGAAAAGGGUUGUGCUAGGUUUCGACAAACAAUAGCAGGCUGGGAACGUCUUUCUUCGGCUGUCAGAACUAGUUUUCUCAUAAGCAGGGGAAGCAAUUGCCCAUCCCGGGAAUGUGUGCUGUCCUAAUGGUGAUUUUGCCACCUUUAGACAUAUUCCCAUGUUUGGCAUCUUGUUUCAUUGUGGUUUUUUGUCCCAUAUUUCUUGAUGCCUCCUUGGGCUGAGUUGGUUUUUCCCCGUCCUGGAAACCGCUGGAAGCGAUAACUGUCUUUGACCACCAUGAGUUGGAGUUUCUUGACACGUCUAUUAGAAGAAAUCCACAACCACUCCACAUUUGUUGGGAAGAUCUGGUUGACAGUAUUGAUCGUAUUCCGCAUUGUCCUCACUGCAGUGGGAGGGGAAUCCAUCUAUUACGAUGAGCAAAGCAAAUUUGUUUGCAACACAGAACAGCCAGGUUGUGAGAACGUUUGCUAUGAUGCUUUUGCCCCUCUCUCUCAUGUGCGGUUUUGGGUUUUUCAGAUCAUCCUGGUCUCCACUCCCUCGGUGAUGUACCUGGGCUAUGCCAUUCACAAAAUUGCCCGGAUGGUGGAACAUGGUGACACAGAGCGAAAGUUCCGAAGCAGGCCUUUCCCAAUGCGCUGGAAACAGCACAGGGGUUUAGAAGAGGCAGAGGAUGACCACGAGGAAGACCCAAUGAUGUACCCCGAAAUUGAGGUAGAAAGUGAACGAGAGAACAAGGAGAAUCCACCCCCAACCAAAAUGAAGCAUGAUGGCAGGAGGCGGAUUCGGGAGGAUGGACUCAUGAAGAUUUACAUACUACAGCUCCUGAGCAGGACUAUGUUUGAAAUUGGUUUCCUCAUUGGACAGUAUUUCCUCUAUGGGUUUGAGGUCAGCUCCAAAUUUAUUUGUAGCAGGCAUCCUUGUCCGCACAAAAUAGACUGCUUCAUUUCCAGGCCCACAGAAAAAACCAUCUUCUUGCUUAUCAUGUAUGGUGUGAGUUGUUUGUGUUUACUUCUGAACAUCUGGGAAAUGCUUCACUUGGGCUUUGGCACUAUCCGGGAUACGCUGAACAAUAAGCGGAAAGAGCUGGAGGAGUCGGGGACCUAUAAUUACCCAUUUACUUGGAAUACACCAUCCGCUCCUCCAGGGUAUAACAUUGCAGUGAAACCCGACCAGAUACAGUACACAGAACUGACUAAUGCCAAAAUAGCCUACAAGCAGAACAAGGCCAACAUAGCACAAGAACAGCAAUAUGGGAGCAACGAAGAGAACAUUCCCACCGAGUUGGAGAAUCUCCAGCGAGAAAUCAAAGUCGCUCAGGAACGCUUAGACCUCGCCAUCCAGGCAUACAAUAAUCAGAACAACCCUAUGUGCUCUAAGGAGAAGAAGCCCAAAGGCAGCUCGAACAAAAGCAGUGGCAGUAGCAAAUCAGGAGAUGGAAAAACCUCUGUCUGGAUUUGAUGCUGUUUGCCAGGGAUUUAAUGACUUGAUUGUUUUCCCCUUGCAGGGUAUGAUCACUAACAAACCUGCUGCAUACAAACUUCCAUAGAAUAAAUAUUUAGGUUUGUUUAAGUUCAGGGAGAUUAGGGCCUGAAAUAGAUGGGCCAUAAGAAGAGGUUUCAGGCUGCUUGGGGGGGGGGGAGGGGGGCAUUUAGGUGUUGCAUGCCCACGAAGCAGCUGGAAACUGUGCCUCAGCCACUCUAAGGGGGGAAAACCCGGACUAAAAAGAAGCUGAAUUUUUCUGUUCUUUCUUGGAAGGUGCGCACCUUCGGCCCUGCAUAUACAGUAAACGCACUGACACCAGGGCAGUUCUAAAGGAGCAUUGUAUCCUAACCCCCUGCAUGUAAACACCCCAAUUCAGGUGUGGGUUUAAAAAGGACAGAGCCAUCAUACCCAAGUGGUGGGGGCAGCAAUUGAAAGACACGAAAGUGUCUAAUGACAUCUAAUGGAUGUCAAUACAACAUAUACAAAUCCAACAGUCCAGGAAGCGCAUGGAGUGAAGGGAGGGGCAUGAUUGUACCUUGCUAGCAACUUCAUAGGCACAGCUCUGCUCUGAUGCCCUGUCCCAGUGGAGAGCUCCAUAUGUGACUGUAUGGAGGUUGAAAGGGACGGCCAUCCAAUGGGAUGGCAGUCACCACCAUUUUGUUCCUGUUAUGGUAUGCAGGGAUGGGGGGGGAUUAAAAAUACCUAGUGGCGCGGCUUGAUUUUGUGCCCUGAUGUCAUGACAUGCGCACUCCAGCCACCUUGGAAACGGGCUGUGCAGUCUGCAGGGAUUCGCCCCGCUCUUGGAAAAAGCAGCUUCAGGCCACUCUUUCCUGUUUGUCUGCUUGACCCCAAGGGCUGCCGAACGACACUCCAAAAGGAGAUGGAAAGGGAAGCAUUUAUGCUCAGAUUCUGAUGUUUCUAGAACAUGUGUUCUUGUUUCUUCCAGGUCAGGGGAAGACCCAGGUUUAUUUUUUAGGAAAAAAAAUCAUUCUUGUUGAACGGUUUACACUGUAUGUACAGUAUUAAGGUACAUUUUAUUAUGCACAAUUUUUUGUAUUUGUAUAUUGGAUAUCUCAGUUAUACUUUUUAUAUUAAAAAGAACAAAUUAGA